CUGGAAGUGAAUUGUCUUGAGUUGAACAUUGAACUUCAAUUGGUCGGAAUCUGCAAUUUCUGAGGUUUGGGCUCAGUGUCUUCUCUCGCGCGUCCCUCUUCACCUUCUUAUUUCUACCUGUGAGUCUCACUUUUCUUCUCUCCGGUCUUUAGCAUUCUAUUGAAUAGAAGAAUUGGCAUAUAGCUAUUAGCUAUUUUCCUCAGAUCGUGUUUUAGGCGACUUUCUGUUCUCGCUUGCUUAACAUUGUACUUCAGUGUCGAAUUCAUAUCCUACACAUGAGUCUACAUAAACAUUGUGCUUUAUGCUUGCUUCCUUAGUUCCUCAGAAAUCCUUGGAAAAUCCGCAGAUUUAUCUUCUUCGCUAUCUGGAAUUGUUUUCUUCGUAGGUUUCUUCUCGUUCAUGUGUUUUUCCCUAUUGGGAUAAUGGUUUUCAGCUCUAAAGAUUCUAUAGCCGAAAGUAAAAAUAAGACUUGUGUAAUAUUUGCUGCAGCUUUAUUUGCGAAAUCACGUCUAAAACCUUGUAGGUAGAGGAAAGGACAAGAAUCCCAGGCAGAAGCAACCAUGGUGAUGGUGUCUAAUUCUACCCAUCAAAAUAAGGAAAUACAUGUCAGAAGGAGAAUCUCUGAGAUGUAUUCUUCGUUCUGAUCUUUUUCUCUCGUUGCAUAUCAUGCUUGCCUGUGCAAAUGGUGUGAUAUUUAAACCCCUUGAUCAAUCUACUGCGUAUUGAUCAGUAUAGACUCUUAGCAUGUAUAGCGCUAAAUUUCACAUCUGAUCAUUUUUAUAGAAAAUACUUUGUUCACUGCAUACACUUAAUGAAGCAAUUCUCCCAUCUAUGGACCCAGUGAGAUGCUCCAUUGUUUCCUAGCAUACCUUAGCAUAAAAUGGAGAUCUUUAGUCACAGUUUCUAACAGAUGAGAUAUAGAUUUAUAUUAAGGUAUCAAUUUUUUCAUUCUGUAGAAGCAGAGUAUUUUCAGCCUCUUGAGUAUCAUGUUUUUUUUUCUUUCUUUCUGGUGAUGCAGAUACAAUAGACGGGAAGAGGAGUUUCCAUCACUUAAAGACUACAAUGACUACUUGGAAGAAGUGGAGUGCAUGGGUUAGUUUCACUUGUGCUCCUUAUUUUCUCUAUUCAUGCAAGACAAGACCAAUGUAUAUAUUACCUUCUAUUCCACCAGUAUUCGACUUGAUAGAUGGAAUCAAUGUCGAGGCGAUUGAGCAGAAGAUUAAGAGAUAUUCUAAGGAGAAUGCUGAACAGAUAAUGAUUAAUAGAGCUCGUAAGGCAGAAGAAUUGACUGCAGCCUUGGCAGCUUGCAAGGCCAAACCCCCACAGACAGAUGCUGACACGUCGUCGAACCAUGGGGUCACGGCUGGAACUACAUAUGGUCAGGCUUCACGACCAACGGGAAUGGGCCCACAACCUGUACCUAUAGUAGGUGGAGCAGAGCGUCAACAUUACGCUAUGGAAGACGAAGCGACGAGGAGGAUGAAAGCAGAGAGAGCUGGAGGAUUUUCUUUAGAGAUAAGCAAGAGGAGGGCUUUGGAAGAAGCAUUUGCAAGCAUUUGGGUUUGAUUUCUCAAGCGAUAUUAGUUUUGUCCCUUAUGAUAGUGACUAGGAGGUCUUGAUAGCUUCCAUUGUUGUCUCAGUUUACUGUCUUUUACUCUUGUGGCUGGUUUGUUUUGUAUAGUUGACAAGACUCUAUUACGGGCAUCAAGGAAAACAAAAUUUACGAAAGAAAAAUCGCAAAAAAUACAUGUACUUGUUCAAUUGUAGAGAGACGGAAACAGAUGGUAGAACAGAAGCAAAAAAU